GACCUCAUCGGGACCUGAGCCCAUGACCUUCCAGCUUGUAGCACAGUGCGUCAACCAACUACACUACCGCGUUCCUCGUACAAGCAUAUACAAGUAUAUGGAAUAAACUUGCAUUAUUGCAGCGUGGGCUUUGUGUUGCUGUUGUGUUGGUGAUGUAAAUAAACUAUUUUAUCUGUAGGUAUGGACACAUUCUGUUGGUCUUUCAAUGGGCAUUACACUAGUUAUUAAUGUAACUAACAAUAUAAGGAAUUUCAGUCUUAUAUCUUUCAGUACUACCUCUUGAGUGUCCUGUGACUGGCCCAGCUGCACCAGUUGACGUGUCUGAAAAAACCAUCGAGAAGCGUCUAGCAAAUCUGCCACUGAAAACCUCAGAACCUGGCAAUCAAUAUAACACAGUUGAAAUUGACAGGGCAUUUGAUGAGAUGACUGAAGCUGAUGGCAGCUUGCCAUCCCUAGAUGGACCACGCAUUCAGGCAGUAGGUGAAGUGAUGCAGGAGGAACAGUCUGUAUUUUGUGGUGUCACUCCAAGAGGAGAGUCUGAUGGGCUGGGGAAACAGAAGACUUUACCGGUGGACCAGCUUGAAACAUUGCGGAAUGUCUCUCUUCAUCUAGAUACAAUGUUGCCACACCUGCAGUAUUCAGAGUUGGAACGUUUCACAGACUGUUUUAGUAAGCUGCCACUAGGGAACAACGGAGGAAGAAUACUUGGAGCUGGAAUGUUUGGUUCUAAAAUGGCGUUGCUGGGUAACUCUCUGCUGGAGGGCACCAUUCUGUACGUGUCCAGUCUCCUCUUACUCAUCUGGUUGUAUUUCCGGUACAAGUGUAGUUACUCGCAAAGGCGAGGUGUGCCACAUUCAAAGCCAACCAUGAUAUUUGGCAGCUACAAGGACUGUGUCUUGCAGAAGGAAUGUGUUGGACAAUUCAUGAAGAGGAUGUACAAUGAAGGUGUUGGUAAUCAGUUCUUUGGCUGCUACGUUUUCACCAGGUACUUUCUUCUUUCUUCCUAUGAUUAUGAUGAUUAUUAAUAAUACAUAAUUCUCUCAGUAGGUACACUAUAUAGCAUGGAAUGGUAGGAUGAUCAAUGAAUGAUUAUAAUGGGAAAGAAUUUCGAGGGACGUAAUCAUGGCCUACUCGAGGUAUUAUCACAAAACAGUCAGUCAGGAUUCGAGCCAAGCACCUCUCAAAUAGUAGUACAGACUACAACAUAAGUGCAACUCAAAACUGUUCCGUUUGCACUGGCUAAAACUGGGAAUUCUCGUAGCCCUUUAAUGCCCAGUGGUUACUAUAAGUACCACGUGCUGUAACAUUCAGAGUCUCUUCAUUUUCCCCACAGUGUAUUUAUGUGUUCCAUAUUGUUCUCACAGUAAACAGCGGCU